UGUCCAUUUGCCGACGCUCGCCGUUGCCGUUGUCGUUGUAGCCGCGCUGCCGCCAGAGAGCUGUGUUUGCUUGCCGUGUUUAUUAUUUUUCUAGACUGCGGGCACGGUGCUGAGAAAAAUAUCCAUUUUUUGUUUUGCUUUUUGUUUGGUUUUGUGUCGUCGGCAAGAAGGCCGAAAAGCGGUAAAUCGUCCAGCCACCCACACAAGCACAGGCCGAAUCGAAGUCGGGCUCAGAGAGCAUACAUAUGUGUGCGGAGAAAAGUGCUGAGUAAGCUGGAAAACAUUGCGAAAAACGCGUGUUGCAUGUGGGCCAAGGAAGAGGAAAAGGAAGCAGAAGCAGUAGCAGAAAAAACAGCAAGUGAGUUUGUUUGCUGCUUUUUGUUUGGUUUUGUGUCAUCGGCAAGAAGGCCGAAAAGCGGUAAAUCGUCCAAUCACCCACACAAACACAGGCCGAAUCGAAGUCGAGCUCAGAGAGCAUAUGUGUGUGGAGAAAAGUGCUGAGUAAGCUGGAAACAUUGCGAAAAACGCGUGUUGCAUGUGGGCCAAGGAAGAGGAAAAGGAAGCAGAAGCAGUAGCAGAAAAAACAGCAAUCCAAGGUUUGAAACAACAACUGUGAGCAGUGGAAACAAAACGAGCGUUCAGCUAUAAACGAUAUCAAAACCAAUAGGAAGAAACGCACACAAAGAACCGAAAACUGAAAACCAAAGACAAAGUCUUCGGAAGAGAGCGCAGAGAGGGACAGAGACAGGGCGAGAGCGAGAGGGACAGAGACAGCUGGCGGUCAGCGACGUUGGACAAGUAGUUGAAAAUAUUGCGCAUACGCCGCGUGAACCGAAGGCAAAGAACAACAAGCCGUGCGUUCGUUCUUGUUCGAAUUUCACAGAUUCAGUUUAAAGGAAACCCAGAAUAGAGGAAAGAAGAGAAAGAUAAACAUAGAGGAGUGAAAAGAUAAGGAGGAGCAGGAGGAGGGCAAGUGAAGAAGGGCCGUGGAUCAGCGGCUACGAACGAAAUCCAUUUCAAACCGUAGCCAGCCUUAAAUCCAGCUUCACGACGUCUUGCAAACGGCUGAAAAUGGAGAAGACUCCACGGUACACGCAGCGGGAGCGAAACAUGGUGUUGAGCUACGCGGCGCAGUACAAAGACGUGAUCGAGAACAAGCGCACGGACGCGGAGUCGAAUCGCAAAAAGGACGAGGUCUGGCUGCAGAUCGCCAAGGAGUUCAACUCGCGGGUCUACCACCAGCGCAGUGCCAAGCAGCUGCGCCAGCUGUACAAGAACAUGAAGCUGCUGCUCAAGAAGGACCUCUGUGGCGAGGACAAGAGCAACCACUCCUUCAUGGACCUGCUCAACACGCUCUCGCAGCAGGAUUCCGUGGCCCAGUAUAUCGCCGGGCAGCUCUCGCCGGAGGGCGCGGGCGGAGGUGGCGGGAAGCAGGGCGGCGCGGGAAACGGAGGCGGGAACGGACACCACGCGGAUGACUACGACGACUCCAAGAUGCCCCUCUACCCCGAGGGCAUGGACACGGACGUGAUCCUCAUCAAGUCGGAGACGAUCAGCGACAACGAGCAGACGGACAACGGAAUGGACUGCCUGGACGACGACGAUGACGACGACUGUCUGAGCCCCAAGGCGCCGGAAGUGUGCCUGGAGGAGGAGGACGACGUGCUCUUCCCCACGGAUCUGCGCCAACUGCAGCAGGCGGGCGUUAGCUCCUCCGCCGCCGCCGGCAGCGUUGUUGGUGUCUGCUCCGCCUCGCUUCCAGGAAAUGGAACCAGCAACGGGCUGCCGGACCCCGCGCGCCGCGCCGCCAGCUCGCCCGUGUGCUCCACCAAGACCUCGGUGAGCUCUAGCGGGAGCUAUGCAUCGGCACCCAAGCCGGACAUUACAAUCCAGACGGUGGGACACAUUCGCGUGGGCAGCUUUGCCAACAUCAACAAGACGUUGCAGAACGGCGGCUGCAACGCUACCACCAGUAAUGGCGGCUCCACUGGCAGUGGAGUGCUGCCCCUGACGGCGGAGCAAGUGCAACAGCACACGCUUCUGAACGGCCUGGGCCUGUCCGCUGUGAAUCCGCCUCAGUCGCUGCAGGCCGCCAUCAAUGCCGCCUACGUCUCAGCUAACCCCGCCUCGUCGGUGGCCACCAGCAGUCGCCGCACCCCGCCCACUCUGCAGCUGCCACGCCUUCAGCGCGGGAAUAACAACAACAACAACAACAGCAACAGCACGAACAACUCCACGGUGAACGCCAAUGGAGUGCAGCUGCUGCUUAACGGCAACCACCAUACCCAGCAGUCGCACCACCAUUUGGGGCGGGACAAGACGGGCGGCGUAGCCAUUGGGGCGUCGGGCAGCUUCAAUGGCUACAACGGUCUGGCUGUGGCAGUGCCCUGCCACCCUGCCGCCUUGAACAGCAGCGGAAGCGGCGGGAGCAGCGCCAACAGCAGCGGAGUCAAUAGUGGGGCCAACACCGUAGGCGGAAGUCCUAGUGGCGGACCAGCGAGGAGCCAGCACCAGGAGCUGAUGAACUCGCUGAGAAUCGAGGAAAGCAAGCGGAAGAUCGAUCUGAUCAAUGCCCAAAUCGAGUAUUGGCAGACGCUGACGCGCAAGCUGAACAGUGAGGCGGGCCACAUGCCCAAUCCCGCGUGUCCUUGCCACUUCCCAGGCGCCAGUGUCCUGUCGCCCGUGGUCACUACCAGUGCCUCAACCUCCGUUGCCGUCUCCGCCAACCUGCUGCAAACGCAGGCCACCACCAGCUAGUCCGCAGUGAAGGGUCAUCCAGACGAUGGCGGCGACAGCGACAUCAUUUCAAUAGUGGACAUAGAUGAUGAGCGGUCUGAGGAGGAGGAGCAGUCGGACGAAGAAGACGACGACGACAGCGAUGAAGAUGACUCACAAGAUGCCUUGGUCAAGGAUGUGGGCGUGGUGGGCGGUCUUUCGCCGCCGCCCCACUCCUCUCCACCGCCAGCAAAGCGCUUGAAGCGCCAGGAAGCCACCUCCGAGCUCCUCAGGCAGCUGGCCCUGCAGCAGAUCCAACAGAAUCAGGAUGCCCAGAAGGGGUGCUAGUAUUUUGUCUAAGCCACCAUUUAACUAACCCCAUCCCACUACGUUUAUGAGUACUUUUAACUAUAUCUAUCGGUGGUGCCACAGAAAUCACUAGGGUUUUCGAAUCACUUAUAAAGGUGUGUAAAAGAAUGCUGUGAAAAAUAUAAUGUAGUUAUUCGGAAGAAGUGCAUCGGACUUCAGGACCUAACAUGUAUUUUUGCAUACAUUUGGCACCUCUAUAACCUAAUGAUUUCUGAGGCACCGCUGUGUAUUUAUUUACGCCUAGUUUGAGUGCCAAAAAGAAAGAUAGGAGCCUUGCCAUCAAGAAUGCUUGCCAAAGGACCUGGACAACAGGUCACUAUUUAUUUGCUAACCUAACUUAACAUUAGUGCUAGAAUCUUUUUAUUCUGUUUUUGCGUAUUGAGCCAUUUAUUUUGGUUUUUUUUUUUUUGUAAUUAGGGUUUUUAAUGUUAAGUUUUUUGAGAGCUACAACCAAAAAGAAAAGAAAGGAAAAUAUCUUGUCUUUGUACAUUUACCUUAAAAUUAGACCUAACUUAAUUAGAGCGAGCGCAGUUAAGAGAACACAAACGAAUGAACGAAAACUGUACAAAUGUGGUUCCUAAUCUAGUCCCUAAACAAAAGAGUAAAGCUAAAGAGAAAGCUAAAGUGUUAUGCCUAGCCGUGAACUUGUGUAUUAUUUUUAUGUAUCAACCCAGAGAGUUCCCCAAAAACCAACCCAAAGAACUGUAGCUAAUUUAAUGUACUUAAAGAACACGCGAAACCUAAAGAAACAAGUCUGUACAGAUAGAGGAAGGUAGAAAGAGACGAGUCGAGACAAGGCGGGAGAAUGAAAGAGAGAUGGAUAAACUUUGCUAGUCGACACUGCAUAACUGUAUUUUAGUGUAUUUUAGUUAUUGCUAAUUGUACGUGUAAAAUACAAUUAAUUGCCUACCCAGUAACCACAAUUUACAAAGAAACACACCAAACUAAAAGUGACAACCAAACCAAACAAAACUCUUUAUACAACUUUUGUAAACAAA